GAAGGUUCUGUGAUGAAUACUCACGUGCACUAAGAAGAUGGAUUAUCAGAACUUAAGCCGGAGACUGCUGUUGCUCUUUGUUCUUUCCACCAUUUCCAAUUCUCUGGAUGCGGUCGAUGUCUGUUCCAACACAAUUUUACCUGGAUCUAAAGGAGACCCAGGUGAACGGGGAGACGAAGGAGAUCAGGGACGACAAGGAAAGACAGGCCCACCAGGACUAAUAGGACUGACAGGGGAGCUGGGAAGCAAAGGAGAUGUUGGCCGGACUGGGAAGACGGGUCCAGCCGGAGAGAAAGGGGACCAAGGAGCAGCAGGAUUAGCCGGACCUUCUGGAUUAAAAGGGAAAACGGGGACGACAUGCGACUGUGGGCGGUACAGGAAGCUGGUUGGACAGCUGGACAACACCGUCAGCAAGCUGAAGAAUGCAGUCAAGUUUGUAAAAAACGUCAUUUUAGGCAUCAAGGAGACAGAGGAGAGGCUCUACCUGAUUGUCAAAGAGGCCCGGAGGUACAGAGAGGCCCUGGCGAACUGUAAACUCAGGGGCGGCAGCCUCGCCAUGCCUAAGACGGCAGACACCAACACCCUAAUCAGGGACUACGUCGCUCAGUCCGCCCUCACGCGGGUCUUCAUCGGGGUGCAGCGUGGGGAGAAGGAGGGAGGAGCCGUCUACGCGGACCACACCCCCGUGAGGAACUAUACCGGCUGGGGCCUGGGGGAGCCGCCUGGGGCCUCUACCAACACCAGCUGUGUGGAGAUGGCCGGCACAGGUGUCUGGAACCAGGUAGAGUGUGAUGUCCCCUUGUACUACGUGUGUGAGUUCAAGAGGACCAGGAGAGGAGGUCUUCCCUCUGUGCUGUGACCACACCACUGGAUUCAAUGGGGAGGCGCUGAAAGGUUGUGAAUGUGGAGAUGAGGAUUUCAUACUGAGACAGGGACCAGUAGCUGGUACAUGUAGAGAGAUUUGUCAGCUCAAGUGACAUGACAGAGUACUUUUUAUCAGUGGUGUAGUGGUGAAUAAGUAAGGCAAGGUAAGGUGGGCAAUCUGCUAUUGACAGAUUUUUUAAAAUAUCUAUACAUACUUUCAAUGCAUUUUUUCCUCAAAGGUGUGUUAUGU